AUCUAGCGGCUAUAAGGCGCGAACGCGUACGGAGAUUUAAUUUCGUUGGCUAUUUGAGUCGUAUUUCCUGCAUUUUUAGGAAGAUUCAUCUUUUGCGAUUGGAUUUCAACACAGUCCAAUGGCAUCCUUCACACACCGUCAAGCAACACCAAAGAAAGAUGAUGGACACAGAGGAAGCAUUAGAAAGUUUGAAUCCAGUGAUGAAGAUGACUCGAGUGACCAGAGUGACAGUGAUGAUGAACAGUCCUGGAAGCGACAGAAGACCACAUCUGCUAAAAAGGUCUCUCAUAGGAUGCCCUUCUCUGAGCCUACCUCUCGGAGGGAUCAACAGGGGCGAGGGAGUAGGUUUGAGAGACCAGAUCAUUACAGGCCGCCAAGGAGCAGAGACAGAGAUGGAGGAGCAGGCGAGGCAGGGAAAAGGAGGAAGAAUAACGUCUGGGGUUCUGUAGCCGUGGAUCAGAACCAGGAAGCAGUCGAGAGAGAGAUCACACAUUUUGGGGUUGAUCAGGUAAUGGAGAGAGAUGUGGAGAGCUACAGUUAUAAAGAUACUGAACAGCUCCCUCUAGGGGUGGCUACAAACAUCCCACCAGAAGACGAUGUCGCCAAGGGACGAAGGCUCAUGAAGGCAGUUGGGGAGAAUGAGGAUGAUGCAUGGCUUGCAGAUGAUUCGCCAAGACACAGCGAGGAGGAAGAGGAGCUAAAGCAACCUCAUGAUGACCUGCGGGAAAAACUUAAAAAGCGCGGCUCCAUGGUCGCUGACCGGUUCCGGCGCUCAAACAUAAAGAACAGGCUUGGAACACAGUCCGACAACACUGAACAGGUCAUUAUGAUGAAGAAGGUAGAGAUUGACCCCAAUGCUGAGAUGAAGGUCAUCGCAGGUCAGGUUGCGUACAGCCUACAAGAACCCAAGAGAGAUCUGAUUCUGAGAGUGGUCAAGAUCCUAGGGGUCAAGAAGACGCUGGAGUUAUGGAGUAAAACAGAGGAGAUUGAAAAUGAUGGUGGAAUGAUGAUAAUGAACCGAUCGAGGAGGCGAUCACCAGGUGGAGUCUUCAUCCAGAUGAUGAAAUUAGAUGCUGACGUCUCCAGCGAAACUGUCAAAGACAUCUUCUCAGAAGAGAAAAAGGUUGAGGAAGCAGAGAGGAAGAAGAAGAGAAGGCACACCAGAAAGUCUACCGCCCUCAGCAAGGAGGGGGAGGAUGAUCACCAUGGGAACAAGGAGGAUGAGGCAGAGAUGGAAGACUUGGGGGAUGGAGGAGGAGGAGAGAGGUUUGAGGGAGAUGGAGAUGGAGAGCCCAGCGGUGAAAUGGACAUGAAGGAUGAACAUGGAAGGUUAGAUGAUGAACCCUACAUGAAUGAAAUGGGACCUAUGCCCAGUGCUAGCAGUAGCAGGGAAGCACCCAACAUGCCUACCGGUACUUUAAAAUCUGAAUUACCCUUGCCUCAACAGGAGUGUACGGAUAUGAAAGAGGACAGUGAUAGCAUGAUGUUUCCAAAGCUUGGGGACCUUCCCAAGAAGAAUGAAGACUCGGAUCCAGAGGAUGGAGAAGUUCUAGAUGACGAUGACGAUUGAUUCCAUACAACUGAAUUUUUGUAGCCAUUCUGAUGGGCAGUUUUCUACAUCAUAUUUUGAUUAAGGGACACAUGCCUUGCUCAUGUGGUACCAGAACUUGUUUUAUUGGAUGCCAAAUGAAUUCUAGCAGAUUUGCAAGGUUUAGAGAUACAAUUAAUGAAAUGUAACGCAUAUUAUGGAAACAAGAAAAGAGAACUAUUUCUGGAUUUUUUUUGAGGAUUAACUUUGAUGGCUUCCAAGAUACAAAUGAUUACUGCACCCAAAAUGGUGGACUAUGGUGUCUUUGAAACCGAUUAUUUUACUUGUUUGGAGUCUUAAGAGCAUAACCUUA